CAAUUUUACUUACCUUUCACGUUUUAUCUUGUAUUGAAUUGAAGUCUUCGACUGUCCUCUUCGUUUUGUGUGACUGGAUUUAUGACUUUAUUAAACUUUGUUUUUACGAUAAAUUCGUCCUCGUUUGACCGUGAUCACUUCACUUGUGGAAUGAAAAUGAUUAUUAUUUGACAGUAAAAAAAGCCAACCUAAUUAACAGAACGAGAUCAUUGACCGUCCAUUCUCAUCAAACCAUAGCACAACCAUUUUCUUUCUCUACUGCGCGAAGUACUAGAUAUUUAACUCCACCAAAAGUCAGGUCUGCAACUCUAGUCUAAUCCGACAAGCCGCGGAUCUUUUUGUUUUCUUCUCCACGUCACCACCAAAUACCGUGUGCUUUCUACUCGUUUCCCUCACCAAAACCGACGUCUCCUCUUCCGGCGGCGCCGACUAAAUCCCAUUUCUAUAUUCAUAUAUGAAUAUGAACCCAUUAAAAGUCAUCUUCAUUCUCAAAGGAACUACAAAAUUAUGUGCAGAUCUGUGGAUUAUUACGACUUUCGCUCCGGCGAUCAAAGUCUUCUGAAGAUCAAAGCUUUCUUCGUUCGAUUUUCGGAUUUCGAUUCAUGUGCCGACCCGUUAUCCGAUUCGCUCACUCUACUCUUCCCACCAAGAAUCAAUGACACGGCGCGGCUAGAAAUUUCAGGCUCCAUUACCGGAGCCGGUUCUCCCGCGUUCGUGACACUCCAUCGAUUGGUGAAAUUGAAGACGAGGGACGGAGAGGCGAUAUAUGGGAGCAGGGAGCGGAUUCGGGCCGGGGAUGGGGUCCGGUUCGAGGUUUACUCGAGAGAGGAAAAGGUGUUGAACGGGGUUUUAAGGAGAGAAGAAGAAAAGUGGAAAAUGGAAUGCAAGUGCGCGCUGGAGAGUGACAAUACCGAAAUGAUAGGCGGUAAAGCGGCGGUUGCGGAUGUUUGCGUGGCGGUGGAGGGAGACCUGGCGAUGGGGGAGAGGGUGGAGAUGGUAGUGAGGAAGUGUAGAAAGAACAGGAGGAUGGGGUUCGAUCAGCUGGAGGAUAUUCCAGAGGAGAGAGAAGGAGAAAGUGAAAGGGACGGUGGAUUCUGUUGCAGUUGUGGAGAAGCGGAUAGUGGGGGAGAAGAGGUGGAUAUAGAAGCGGCGGGUGUAAGCUGGGCCUUUGAUGUGGGCAUUUGGAUCAUGUGCUUCGGGGUUGGAUAUUUUGUUUCUAAAGCCACUGCCAAAAGCUUGAGGCGCAUGCGAUUACUUUGACACUGUUAAAAAAAAAAUUUACCUUGGGGAAUUUAUAUUCUAAGGUUGUGUUAAUCUUUUAUUUGUUACCCAAAUUUAGAAAUUUUGUGAAACUCCAAUUCGAGUGAUUUAUUGUAACAAACGAAUUAUUGGGGAAAAA